AUGGGCAUUCGACGGGAGGCAUGGAAAGACCCGUUUGUGGCGGCGAAUGCCGUGAUUGCAGCGGUGGUGCUCUUCUGCUUCUUCGUCCACCCCACCAAAUAUGUCCGUGUCCAGGGAGAAUGCUCGUCGACGUGGAUCGAUGUAGAUCACCCGUCCAAGAAACCCGUCUGCUGCGACCGAUUAGGCGCCGGUGGACCGUGCUACCCAUUCAUGCGUGAACUGCACACUCUUACGUCGGGACAGGGAGCGUGGACGGUGCCGCUGGCUGUCCUCCUGUUCAACUUUGCCACAACCAUCUUCCUGCCCAAGGUGUCGAUGCGUCGAGUGGCCGCGAUAUUCAAUCGACUUGCCCUGUACUUUGGUAUCAUGGUAUUCCGGACUGUGGUGCUAUACAUCGUGUUCAACCGAAUCGAGCGCGCGUUGUUUCCACGUCCCGAAGCGUGCUGGUACGGCCAUCUGCGUCGCGAUAAGAAGUGCAUCGACGGAUUCGAUCACGCCGACCACAUCGUGCUAUACAUGGUGCACUUCGUGGCGAUUUCGUGCUUUGAAUGGAAGGCUUUGGGCAUGGAAGCGACCCAUCCCGCCAAACGCAUUCUCCUGCGCAUCUGGCUUGCCGCUGUCUUUGUCGUGGCUUGCUAUAGCAUCUACCACACUGCUUACUCGUUUCACAGUGCGUGGGAGAGCGUCGUCGGAAUGCUCAGUGCUCAAUUGUUCGUCAUGAUGCCGCUAUAUUUGUUGACGCGAGACUUGUGGCGGCACAUUCAUCCGGCGUUCAAGCUGAGCCACUUUGUCUGCCAGCAAUAAAAAUCCAUGCAGCACAGUGCACCGACGUCGGCAUGGCCGCGGCCUUCCGCCAUCCCUCGCGCAUGAGUCGUCGGCGGUGGUGCACCUUGUAACGUAUUUCGUACAUUACCGUGUCGUACACUAUGUAUGGCAUGAAAAAUAUUUUUCGUUUGUGCAGAAGAAUACUGUAUUCUCGUCAGUAC